UUCAGUGAAUAUGAUUCGCAUCUUCAUUCAUUCUAAAAAGCAGCCAAUUCAAUACCAUUGACCAGCUGAUUAUGUAGUUAUGUUCCAGUAGCGAAACCGUAAAAUUGCUUCUCACGAAACCUGUGGAGCGUUCAUACCGUAUUAAAUUGAUUGAACUAAAGUAGAAGCCGUAACCGAUGGAGCAGAGUACAGCAGAGAGCAUCUUAAACCUAUCGAUACGGAUAAAGUGUGAAUCGAAUGGUGGGGACUGGUUGUGAAUAUACGGAAUUGGCCGAAACAAAAGCAUGUGCAUAAAAGUAAACAUGAUCGGAACCUUUGACGCCGUCAUCACAACCGCUGCUGUUCCGUUGCUAUGUGUGCAAACACAGUGUACAGACACGCGACAAAUCGCAAACCCAAACAUAAGCAUACGUCUCUAUGUGUAUAGUAGCAGCGAAGCGGUCGCGAGUGAGAGACAGAGACAAAGUGUCUGUGUAUGGCAAAUUGUAGCAAAAAAAAACUUUGAUUUCCGAAAAGGUAAAAGUGAAUGCGCGCACACUGGAGCCAACACAGACGCAUACGACAACGAAGUCUAUUGCAGUAGGCAGCACGUCGAUUUAUUCGAUUCAUUCGGCUGAAAAUCAAGUUUGAAGUUUAUUAGUCGUCUAGUUUUACUUUCAUUUGCUUGAUUUCAUUCGUUUAGUUGUCGUCGUGUUCGUUUGGUGUGUUGUCAAACGUUGAUUUAACAAGUUUCGGUUUUUCGUUUUUUUUUCUUUCGGCUAAAGUAAAACAGUGGGUGACAACAAGAGUUAGAAAGUUGCAUUGUGCAUCGAAUUUCGACCGUGUUCCAGUUACGUGUUGUCGUAGGUCAAAAGCGCAUUGUGAAUGUUUAAAUAUCGAUUUUUUUGUGAUUUGCUUCAUGUGCAUUUCGGUGUGAUUUUCAUAAAGUGUUAAUUUGUGUCGAGUGCCGAGAUAAUGAAGAUUCCCAUAAAUAAACUGACUAAACUACUGAAAUCAAUUCCACAAUGGUCCACAACAAUGACUGUGACCGUUUGCCUUUAUAUUCUGUUUAUUAUGGUCGUGCUGAGCAUUUCGUUUCCAUUAAAAUCGCAUAAAACCAAAGUGGAAACCAUUGUAAAUGAGCGUGCGAAUGGUAUCGCUGAUUUGGAUAAUGAUGCUAACGGCUUGGGACAAAACGAACAAAAACUAUUGCAACGAGCUCGCGACCUAUCCACCGCCAACAAUCGCACCGACAUUCUACGCGAUGCAUUCCAAAAGGCUGAUUUAGACGGCGAUGCUUUGUUGUCUCUCCAAGAGCUGGCACGCUACAUAAAUCGUCGCAUUCGUGAGCAUAUCGAUGCGUCCAUUCGAAAUAAUCCAAUAUUAUUUUCCGAAAUCGAUCAAUCGCCUCGAAAUGGUCUCAUCACUUGGGAUGAAUAUUACGUGUACUUCCUGAAAUCGUUGGGCUACGACGAUGCAUUCAUUCGUCAAGUCGACCGAAAGCGCAAUUCGAAUUUGGAUCGAAAAACCAAGGAAUUGCUAAUGCGUGACAAAGCUCUGUGGAAUGAGGCAGCUCGAAGUGAUUCGUACACUUUGACUUUGGAUGAAUUUUUGGCUUUUAAACAUCCAGAAUCAAGUGCCGCCAAUUUGCUAAGCUUAGUCGAUGAUUUACUGCGUCAAUUUGACGAGGAUGGUGACGAUCACUUGACAAUGGAUGAGUUUUCAAAUGUGGUGGCCGAUGACUUGGAUGACAAGUGGCGUCAGUACAUGAUUGAAAAGAAUACAUUCCAGCGACAGGAGGAAUUCAAGCGAUUGAUUGACAAAAAUCACGAUGGUGUGGCCGAUCGUUCUGAAUUAUUGUCUUAUGUCAGUCCAAAACAUCCACGACACGCUCUUCAAGAAGCGGCUAUUUUGUUCAACAUCGCCGAUCGGAACAAAGACCAGCGACUUUCGUUGCGUGAGUUGGAAGAAGCCGGUAACGUGUUCAUGGCCUCACGAAUGAUCAACUCAGCUCAAACAUUUCACGAUGAUUUCCGAUAGACUAUCGACGAUCGUGUACCAAAGUGUUCAAUUUUAUAUAUAUUACGUAGUAGUUUGUUAGCUGCCGAUGCUAUCAAAUGCAUUCCGCCCGUCUUGACUAUCGACUUUUGAAACGCAUAGACUCUCACUUUAAAUACACGGAAUUGGAAUUUUACAAUCGUUCUUCUCACCAAAUACUCGACAAUUGCAUUUAGACAUUAAGAUACGUAUUUUAUAUGAAAAUUUACAUAUUUAAAAUAAAUGAAUCGAAAUUAGGAACA